AGGCGAGAGGAGGACGCGGGGAUUGUUGUCGUCGGGACUGCAGCGUCUUUCCGGGCCGAGGCGAUGAUUUAACCACCGGGGGAGAGCGACGAAGAGAACCGGGGAACCGGAGCCACACGACCGGGGAGGAGCGGGCUCAACAGCCGGGAGAUGGCGGUAUCCCUGGACUGAGCAGAUUGUUCUGAGAGGAAACGGAUAACAAACAGGGGAAGUGAACAUGGCAGGGACCUCGGGCUUCUUUUCCAACGGACCUGUUCCGUGGAUGGACAACGACACGGAGAUGAACAACCUCUACCGAGACCUGGAGCUGGGGACAGUGCUGACGCUCUUUUACUCCAAGAAGUCCCAGCGGCCAGAGAGAAGGACAUUUCAAGUCAAGCUGGAGACCAGGACUAUUAUCUGGACUCGGGGCACGGAUAAAAUAGAGGGAGAGAUUGACAUUCGGGAGAUCAAGGAGAUCCGUCCUGGACAGAAGUCGCGUGACUUUGAGCGCUACGUGGAGGACUCUGCUGCGCGGCUGGAACAGGCUCACUGCUUCGUCAUCCUCUAUGGCACCGAGUUUCGCCUCAAGUCGCUCAGCCUGGCAGCAACAUCUGAUGAGGAGAUGACCAUGUGGGUGAAGGGGUUGAACUGGCUUGUGGCCGACACGCUGAAGUCACCAACCCCACUUCAGAUAGAGAGGUGGUUACGUAAGCAGUUCUACUCGGUGGAUCGCAACAGAGAGGACAGGAUAUCCUGUAAGGAUCUGAAGAGCAUGCUGAGCCAGGUCAACUACAGGGUGCCCAACAUGAGGUUCCUCCGAGAGAAGCUUCCGGACUCUGAGCUGAGGAACGGAGACGUGUCCUUCAGUCAGUUUGCUCAGCUCUAUCGCAGCCUCAUGUUCGACGCUCAGAAAAACAUGGAAAUCCCGUUUCUACAAAGGUUUAUUGACAAACCAGAGCAGAGGAUUUCCCUGGAGGAAUUAAAGAGCUUCCUCCUGGAGUCUCAAAAGGAAACGUGGGCUACAGACAACAACAAUGUUCAGGAGUUUAUGUUCGGCUAUCUGAAAGACCCCCUGAGAGAAGUGGAACAGCCAUAUUUCCACCAAGACGAGUUCCUGACGUAUCUGUUCUCCAAAGAGAACACCAUCUGGGAUUCCAACCUGGAUCUGGUGUGUCCCGAGAAUAUGAACAACCCUCUGUCCCACUACUGGAUCUCCUCCUCGCACAACACCUACCUGACGGGAGACCAGUUUUCCAGCGAGUCGUCCCUGGAGGCAUACGCUCGCUGUCUGAGGAUGGGCUGCCGCUGCAUUGAGUUGGAUUGCUGGGAUGGUCCUGAUGGAAUGCCAGUCAUCUACCACGGACACACCCUUACAACAAAGAUCAAGUUUUGUGAUGUCCUGACCACCAUCAAAGAGCACGCCUUUGUCACUUCUGACUUUCCCAUCAUCCUCUCUAUCGAGGACCACUGUAGUAUAGUGCAGCAGAGGAAUAUGGCCACUCACUUUAAGAAAGUGUUUGGAGACCAGCUGCUGACCAAGGCGGUGGAUAUCUCUGCAGACGGCCUGCCCUCACCAAACCAGCUCAAGAGGAAAAUCCUCAUCAAGCAUAAGAAACUCGCAGAAGGCAGUGCCUAUGAGGAGGUGUCCACCUCCACGCCCUACUCGGAGAAUGAUAUCAGCAACUCCAUAAAAAACGGCAUCCUGUACCUGGAAGACCCAAUUAACCAUGAGUGGUAUCCUCAUUUCUUUGUCCUGACCAUGAGUAAGAUCUACUACUCGGAGGAGACCUCCAAUAACCAGGGUAACGAUGAUGAGGAGGAGCACAGAGAGGUAUCCAAUGGUAUGGACCAGCACGUGACAGAGAAGUGGUUCCACGGGAAGCUGGGCGCAGGGCGAGACGGGCGGCAGAUAGCCGAGAGGCUGCUGUCAGAGUAUUGCCUGGAGACUGGAGCUCCCGAUGGCUCUUUCCUGGUCCGAGAGAGCGAGACCUUUGUGGGAGACUACACGUUAUCAUUCUGGCGGUCGGGGCGGGUGCAGCACUGUCGCAUCCACUCGCGUCAGGAGGCCGGCAGCCCCAAGUUCUACCUGACUGACAACCUGGUGUUCGACACGCUCUUUGCCCUGAUCACCCACUACCAGCAGGUGGCGCUGCGCUGCAAUGAGUUUGAGAUGAAGCUCACUGAGCCGGUGCCUCAGACCAAUGCCCACGAAAGCAAAGAGUGGUACCAUGCAAACCUGUCCAGGAGCCAUGCUGAGAACAUGUUAAUGAGGGUUCCUCGUGACGGGGCUUUCCUUGUCAGGAAGAGGGCGGAACCCAACUCAUUUGCCAUUUCCUUCAGGGCUGAGGGUAAGAUAAAGCACUGUCGUGUGCAGCAGGAGGGUCAGACCGUGGUGCUGGGCACCUCCGAGUUUGACAGCCUUGUAGAUCUCAUCAGCUACUAUGAGAAACAACCUCUGUACCGCAAAAUGAAGCUGCGCUACCCCAUCAACGAGGACACACUGGAGAAGAUCGGCACUGCUGAGCCAGACUACGGGUCACUGUACGAGGGAAGGAAUCCAGGUUUCUACGUGGAGGCCAACCAAAUGCCGACAUUCAAGUGUACGGUGAGAGCCAUGUACGAGUAUAAAGCCCAGAGAGACGAUGAGCUCUCCUUCAUCAAAAACGCUGUCAUCUCUAAUGUGGACAAACAGGAAGGAGGAUGGUGGAAGGGCGACUGUGGAGGGAAGAAGCAGCUGUGGUUUCCUGCUAACUACGUGGAGGAGAUCAGUCCAUCAGCAGUGGAGCCCGACAGAACUGAGAUAACAGAGAACAGCCCUCUGGGAGAUCUGCUGAGAGGAAGCGUGGACGUCUCUUCCUGUCAGAUUGUUGUGCGUCCUGAGGGGAAAGGCAGCCGGGCCCAUGUCUUCUCACUUGUGCCGAACACCUCCAUGCGGACGGGCCCAGUGCUGGAUGUUGCUGCCAGCAGCCAAGAAGAGCUCAAGGAAUGGGUGUUCAAAAUCCGUGAGGUCACCAUGACCUCAGAGGCAAAGCUGGAAGAGGGGAAGAUGAUGGAGAGGAGGAAGAAGAUCGCACUUGAAUUAUCCGAGCUGGUCAUCUACUGUAGGCCUGUGCCGUUCGAUGAAGACAAAAUCGGCACCGAGCGAGCCUGUUUCCGGGACAUGUCAUCAUUCCCGGAGACCAAGGCAGAGAAAUACGUCAACAAGAUCAAGGGGAAGAAGUUCCUGCAGUACAAUCGACUGCAGCUGUCCAGGAUCUACCCCAGGGGCCAGAGACUAGACUCCUCCAACUAUGACCCGCUUCCCAUGUGGCUCUGCGGCUCCCAGCUGGUAGCGCUCAACUUCCAGACCGCAGACAAGCCCAUGCAGAUGAACCAGGCCCUGUUCAUGUUGAACGGAAAGAGCGGCUACGUCCUUCAACCGCCCAUCAUGAGGGACGACAGCUUUGAUCCGUUUGACAGACAUACACUACGAGGCCUUGAUCAGAUCACUCUAGAGAUAGAGGUUUUGGGCGCCCGGCACCUGCCCAAGCACGGGCGUGGCAUCGUCUGUCCUCUGAUCGAGAUCGAGGUGUGCGGGGCAGAUUAUGACAGCACCAAGCAAAAGACCGACUCGGAAGCUGAUAACGGUCUGAACCCCACGUGGCCCCAGAAGCCCUUCCAGUUCGCUGUGUGCAACUCUGCAUUCGCCUUCCUGCGCUUUGUGGUUUAUGAGAUUGACAUGUUCAACGACCAAAACUUCUUGGCCCAGGCCACAUUCCCCAUUCACGGUCUGAAGACAGGUUACAGAUCCGUUCCUCUGAAGAACAGCUACAACGAGGACCUGGAGCUGGCCUCUCUGUUAGUCCACAUGGACAUCAUCACAGGACGGGAGGAGAACGGAGAGGUUCUGAGCCCGUUUCUCGCGGUUGGGUCCACGUCGGUGUCGGCCUCCGCCCAGGCCGGCCGGGAACGUCUCGGGGAGUCGAGCUCGGUGUCUUCGACCUCCUCCAGCAUGUCCGCUCUGCCCCAGUCGCCGGCCCAGGCCAUGGCCUACGCUGGGAGAGAGGGCUCCUUUGAGUCCCGCUACCAGUCCCCUCUGGACGAGUUCAGGGUGCCCCAGGAGACCCUGCUGGACCACAUGGACGCUCAGAACCGAGGGAAUUUGCAGAGGACCCGUGUGGGUGGAGAGAACCGUGUCUAAGUCCAAGGCAAUCAGGACCAAUUUCUGUCGCACCCCCCCACCGCCACCAUCACCUCAACCCCCCCUUACUCCUCCUCCUCCUCCUCACCCUGUCGCCCCCCCCCCACGUACCGAUGAUGUCACUGACUGCUGUGAACACUGUUUCCAUGGAAACGCCCACCACCGCUUUGGCCUACAUUUCAGGCAGCUCUCCCUCCCUCCAUUUUCCAACACCCACCCCUCUGUCUCGCUCUCUCUCUCCCCUUUCUCCCUCUCUCUGGCGCUCUCUCCCCGGCCUGAGGAGGAGAAGGGACU